UCAAGAAGAGAAGCCCACUUCUCCUUUUCCUUUCUCCCCCGUUCCCUUCCCCCUGUGCCGAUUCUCUUCUCCUUGCCAUUCCUUUCCUUGUUAGAGUUAGAGCAGUAGGCGUGAGACAGAGAAGAAGGAGAAGAGGGCAGUUUUGAUUUGAUUUUGAUUUUGAUUUUGAUUUCUCUCUUGAUCUUCUCUCUGGUUGUCGUAAAAUAAAAUGGGUCGUCAGGCUCUGGGGAAGCUGAUCGGUUUGAUCGGCGCGUCGCGUAGUAGAUCUUUGAAUGCAAUUUCAAUGCAGAGCCUCCGUCAUUACGCGGCCGCUCCUCCGCCUCCGCCGGCGGUGUUUGUGGACAAGAACACCCGCGUCAUCUGCCAAGGCAUCACUGGAAAGAACGGCACUUUCCACACCGAGCAAGCCAUCGAGUAUGGCACCAAAAUGGUGGGAGGUGUCACCCCAAAGAAGGGCGGAACGGAACACUUGGGACUUCCGGUGUUCAACAGCGUUGCGGAAGCAAAAGCUGAGACCAAAGCUAAUGCCUCCGUCAUUUAUGUUCCUCCACCAUUUGCUGCUGCUGCUAUUAUGGAGGCUGUGGAAGCUGAGUUGGAUCUUGUUGUAUGCGUCACUGAAGGAAUCCCUCAGCACGAUAUGGUACGAGUGAAGGCUGCUCUUAACAGGCAAUCAAAAACUAGGGUGAUUGGCCCUAAUUGCCCUGGUAUUAUCAAGCCUGGAGAAUGCAAAAUCGGGAUCAUGCCUGGCUACAUCCACAAACCCGGUCGUGUAGAAAUCGUUUCACGAUCUGGGACUUUGACUUAUGAAGCCGUUUUCCAAACAACUGCUGUUGGCCUUGGACAAUCCACUUGUGUUGGAAUUGGAGGAGAUCCUUUCAAUGGGACAAACUUUGUAGAUUGUAUUGAUAGAUUCCUUGUAGAUCCUCAAACAGAAGGUAUUAUUCUUAUAGGAGAGAUAGGUGGAACUGCAGAAGAAGAUGCUGCUGCAUUGAUAAAGGAAAGCGGAACUGAGAAGCCUAUUGUCGCAUUUAUUGCUGGACUAACUGCUCCUCCUGGUCGUCGUAUGGGUCAUGCCGGAGCCAUCGUUUCGGGUGGAAAGGGUACGGCACAAGACAAAAUCAAGACUCUGAGAGAAGCUGGAGUGACGGUGGUGGAGUCUCCUGCGAAAAUUGGGUCUGCCAUGCUUGAUGUGUUCAAGCAGAGAGGCCUUGUGAGUUAAACAAGUUACGUUGGAUGAGCACCUUUCUUUUCUUCUUUCAAAGUAUUCAGCAACAAAAAACUCUCAUUCUCCAGCUUGAAUUUUCCAUAUAUUGAUCAUAUCUUUUUCCUUCAUCCUUCAGCUAAUAUUGUAGCACCCCAAAUCUGCUGUCAUUAGCCAAUAAUUUUGCGCAUCUGAUAUUUUGCAGCAUUAAAAUACUUUUGAUAUUUUUAUUUCGCUGUUUUAACAAGCGAAAUGCUUUGAUUUUAUGGGAAUUUUAUAUGGAUGAUCA